ACCAAAACAGGGUACAAGAAAAUAGAGUGCAAAGCGUAUGAUACUGUCCUGAUGAUGAUUUCUCACAAUCACUGUAUCGUGUAUUAUUUUAGUUACUUUUAGGGUGAAAUAGUGGAUACACGCUUUACCACAUGCGAACCGUAUUUUCAUCACAGCUAUCUGAACAAUUAUCUCCGUUGGAGGAAAUUAAAUGACGUGAAAGUAGCUUACUGAUUCUAUAUGAAAUAUUGUAUUAAUGGAAAUUAAUAGAAUGGAAAUCGUCUAUAUAUUUGUAGUUAUCUGUUGUGCUUCCGCGGCAGCACAAUCUGCUACUCUACAAACAUCUUCAAACUCAGAAGAAUCGUAUGCAGGGCGCACCGUGACAUUAACAUGUGAUGUUGAAAACGGUUUUGAUGUCACUCGACAUCAGAUUUAUUGGUCAAAAUUGGAUGGAGCAAAGGAGACGUAUCUUAGCUCCGACAGGACUGUUUACACUUCAGUAGAAGCAAGUCUACAGCGUCGAUUAAGCAUCACGGGCGAUAUUAAGCAGGGAUUCUUUAAUCUUCGUAUCCGAGAAACCAAUGCUGAGGAUGCGGGAAUUUAUAUGUGUGUUUUGUUUGAUAAGAAGGGUAUAGACAAAGCUUCAAUACGAUUAGAUUUGCGAAUAAUUCCAGUUUUUCCACCAGAACCAGGUUAUCCUAAAUGUGAAAUUUCGCCACAGAAGCCGAAACUUAAUGACAAAGUAACAUUUACAUGUACAUCUAAAGGUAGCAAUCCAAAGGUAUCAUUAAAUUGGAUGAGAGCUGAUGAUAGUAUAUCUCAAAAUAAUGUUGCAAAUUCAGGAAUCAAUGGUGUUACUACAAAACACGUGAUAACACAGGGAGACAACAUGGUUCCUUUUACGUGUGUUGCAAGUGGAACCGCAUUAAUCACACCGAUAAAUUGUUCCGUAAUUCCAUUUGCGUUUCCAACAACGGUAAAUAUUUCUCCUUCACUUGGUAAACUCAGAAUUGGUCAAGAUGUUACUCUAACUUGUACUGCCGUAGCCAUUCCUAGCCCCGAGAGAUUCAAGUGGACGUAUGGUAAAGGUAAACAACUUGUUAAGAUUGCAAGAAGCACAGGCCGUCUGCAAGUUUUAAAAAAUGGAAGAACAUUAAAAAUAAAAAAUAUUUCAAAGGAUGAUAACAAUGUUCCUGUACGGUGCACCGUUCGGAAUUCAAUAGAUAUUAAAGGAUCAAAAGAGAUCACACUGAAAGUAGCACUUCCAAAACUUCCUCCAAAGGUCACUAGAGUUCCCGAGAUAAAUCCUCGGAUACCAAUACCGAAGCCUACCAUGAGUCGUGGGACCAACAGGCCACGAUUCAUGUAUCCUAAUAUUCCCAUGAAUGAAAGGGCACUCGAACCACACGUUACAUCAACUUCCAACAAUGUGCCUAAAAAUAAUGCACCUUCUGGCAAUCCACCUCUAUUCGACAAGCAUCAACCUACAAAUAAUGGCAGGGCAGGACUUUUAACGGGUGGUCUAAUUGGUAUUGCCUGCCUUCUUGGAGCAAUAUUUCUCGUUGCGUUGAUGUUGGUAAAGUUAAAAAGAGAUGAAAAGAGUGGUUUAGUCAUAAAUACAAAGCAAGAACAUAGUGUAACUUAUACACCAGAGCGAUAUACAUGUUUAGAGAAUAGUACAUCCUUUACCGAACGACUUUCUACUAAUAAUGAAGAUACUGAUCUUUCGCAAGCUGUGCAAGAGCGUCUUCAUGCAGAACAAUCUCUUCGAGACUCAAUCGUAGCUUCACAAGCGAAAAAAUACAAACGAAAACUUCCAAAACCCCUUCAAAACAUAUGUUUUCAGACAACAACUUUCAAAAAUGAUUUAGCAAGAACCAAGUCAUCGUCAAUAUCUGAGUCGACAUAUCGUCGACCAAAUCUAGUAUUUAAGCGUUUCGCUCGCCCCGUAACUGUCGGUCCUCCUGCAAUUAGCACGUCACUGAAAACUCAUUCACUACCACCAAAGUGCAAUUUAAUAACAGAAAAACCUCCAAUUUCAACUAAACCUAAAAUAACAAGUACCAAUGUAGAGGGACUUUUAUACGCUGAAUUAGACUUUACAAAUGUUAAAUCUAGUAAAAACAUUAUACCAAAUAGCUGUGAAACAACGUAUGCAGAUAUUACGACUUUCCUGAAGAAAUAGUGACAUUAUAUUUGGAAUUACAAGACGGUGUUGUUUACAUUUAUAAUUCAAAUUGAACUACUUAAUGAUGUUUUAUAUGCAAUAGGAGACAACAAAUGUAAGCGGUACAUCUAUUGGUUAUAGAUGUCAAAGUGUUUGAUCGUAAUAUGUUUGCUACGAUUCAGGGCCAAAAAUGUGUCCCCUUCAUAGGGUAUCUCUUUAACAGGGGUUUAUGGAGGGGCUUUACUGUAAUUGUCUUAAAGGAUCAGGAACAAACACUACCUUUUGUAAAUAGUGAAUUUAUCUUUGAAGAUGAAUUGAUUCUCUGAAUCAUGUUUUAGUCACGCGUAAAGAAGGAUAACCUGACAUAAUUAUGUGCUGGAUUUUAUUUUCAACAUAAAUAAUGUAUAGGAAGCAUUGCUUAUUAUUAAACCCAAGUAUUUACACUAAACGUCAUUAUUCUGUUCGUAAACAGUACGAAUAUUUCUCAAUGGACUCUUUCACUAAGCCCACCCUUUGGAUGCUGUUGCUAAGGUGACAGAAUAGAACUAUGUAAUCUUGUGUGUGUUUGUGGGACAUGUGCGUAUUCCUAACCAUGGAAUAACGUGUUUUGGUUGGUCAGUUGUUUAGUUUAAUUGUAUUGAACACGAUAACCUAUACGUUACUUCAUCACUAGAUUCCGGUAACCUCCUCAUUGUUUUAUUCAGGCAAUAAAGCCCUAAAUUUAUCUAAUUUACCAAUUAUGUAUUUAACAUUCACAUUAUUAUAAUAUCCUGUUGAAUAUAACAUACCGUUUGAUAUUGCCAAAGUGUUAUAAUUAUGUAUGUAGGCCUUAAUAUGUAUGUGUUCAGUUGUCGUUGUUUGUCUCACUUAUGGUACUAUUAGCUAUCCAUAAUGGUGUAUAUAUUUUUAAUUUGACGAAAUGAAUGUUUAUUAUGUUAAUGUUCAUGAUUAUGAUCCUGCAUAGCUCAGGUCUGCAUGGUCUGAUUUUUCUGCCUAUGUGAUCAUGUGCUGCGUUUCUUGAAAUACUGUUGGUAUUUACAAAUAAAUGGGCUUAGUAAUAUUGCUAAUAUUUCAUUAUUGCUAAAACGUACAAGUAUAUUUUUCAUUAAAAAAAACAAUUAUUUGAUACGUGUUAGAGAAGGUACUAAUGUCAGGUAAAUCACCAAAGGAAACAUUUUUAAUCAAGACUUCCUCUGUGCGGCUCACAAGAGUCUGUCUAAAAUUUAGGCUUUGCUUCGGCAUGUCAAGUAGCGUGAGAUAGUUUUAUAGAAUAUAUUACUGAAAAGUCCUUUUGGCCACUUAAGGGUACAUGUAUGUAUAUUUUUGGAUUUAGUUUUGACAUAAAGAUAUACUUUGGCAACAUGUUUUUACAAAUAAAUUAUUUGAACAAACAA